CAAUGGAGGAAGGGGAUCUUUCUCUCCUCCCAGCUGUGGCUAUCUCUUUUUAUUUUCUACAAGCAAGAAGAAAAACGUAUUCGGCUAAUUAACCUAAUGUACUAAGUAGAAUUAGGGGGAAAAAGUUGUGUGCCUUCAACAUACAGUAACAAACUCUGCCAAAGCUUAGUGUGAAAUGGAUUAUGACAUCCAUAAAAGGUUGCUUGUGUUUGCACUUAUAUAAGUUGAUCUGUCCACGGGAGUCUCUCUGUGCCGCAUGUAUUUCAUCACAAGACAACAGGAUCCACGCGAUUAGCCGGAAAAGCAUGUCAGGAACAACCCUGGAUGAUUUUCUGUAUGGGAAUUGGUCCGUACAAGAACUGAAUGUCACACAGGAGUCACUUCUGAACCCAUCGUCUGAUUACGAUGAUGAGUUUCUUCGCUAUCUCUGGAGGGAAUAUUUACAUCCAAAGGAAUAUGAAUGGGUGCUUAUUGCAGGAUAUAUUGCAGUGUUUAUUAUCGCUCUUAUUGGAAAUAUUUUAGUUUGUGUUGCAGUUUGGAAGAACCACCACAUGAGGACAGUCACCAACUAUUUCAUAGUCAACCUGUCACUUGCAGACGUCCUUGUCACCAUUACUUGUCUUCCAGCAACUUUGGUAGUUGACAUUACUGAAACUUGGUUCUUUGGAAAAGCACUCUGCAAAGUAAUUCCUUACCUACAGACUGUAUCAGUUUCUGUUUCUGUGCUGACGCUCAGUUGCAUAGCACUGGAUAGAUGGUAUGCAAUUUGCCAUCCAUUAAUGUUUAAAAGUACAGCCAAGAGAGCAAGAAACAGCAUUAUCAUCAUUUGGAUUGUAUCCUGCGUUAUAAUGAUCCCCCAGGCGAUAGUUAUGGAAUGUAGCAGCGUGUUUCCAGAUUUAGCCAACAAAACUAUUUUAUUCACUGUCUGUGAUGAGCGCUGGGAAGGUGACAUAUAUUCUAAAGUAUAUCACAUGUGUUUCUUCUUCAUAACUUAUAUGGUUCCAUUGUGCCUGAUGUUACUAGCAUAUCUGCAAAUUUUUAGAAAAUUGUGGUGUCGCCAGAUCCCAGGAACCUCAUCUAUAGUUCUGAGAAAAUGGAAACCGUUACAAUGUCCAAUCCAAUCUAAAGGUCAAGGACAACAAGCAUAUAAAUCAAGAGUUAAUGCAGAAAUAAAGCAGAUUCGUACCAGGAGGAAAACUGCUCGAAUGCUGAUGGUUGUUCUGCUGGUCUUUGCAAUUUGCUAUUUACCAAUUAGUAUCCUUAAUAUUUUGAAAAGAGUUUUCGGAAUGUUUGACCAAACGAAUGACAGGGAAACAGUUUAUGCCUGGUUUACGUUUUCUCAUUGGUUGGUGUACGCAAAUAGUGCAGCUAAUCCAAUCAUUUACAACUUUCUAAGUGGUAAAUUUCGAGAGGAAUUCAAAGCGGCCUUUUCAUGCUGUUGCCUUGGUGCCCAAAACAAUCAAGAUGAUCAACUCACUCGAGGAAGAGCCAGCACUGAAAGCAGAAAAUCAUUAACUACACAGAUUAGCAACUUUGAUAAUGUUCCAAAACUCUCAGAACAUGUUGUUCCAACCAAUAUUAGCAAUUUGAACACAAAUGGUACUGGAGCUAUUCAUAACUGGUAAAUGUUUUCAAAUCAAUAAGAAACAAAGGGAUAACAAGUCUUAGAAAAUAAGCAUGACUUGUUAUGUUAGUAAACAUAUGCGUCAGUACACAGAUAUUACUUUUUAACAAGAGAACUGAACAAAUGUAUUUGAUGCAUUGAUAAGUAAUUGUUCUUCAUUAAUUCUAUAUUAGAGGGUACAAUUGUACAUGAAGCCAUGAAAUGAAUCUGAAAGGUAUACUGUAUGUGAUAUAUAGGGGGAGAUGUAUAAAGUGUUCGGGAGAAAUAAAGUUGGGAAGUUGUGCUAAGCUACCAAUCAGAAUCUGUCGUUUAUCUAGCACAGUGGGGCAGAUGUAUUAAUCCUGGAAAA